AUGAUAACCGUAGUGGCAUUGUUAUGCUUGGCGUGUGUAUAUUGCCUGUACUGGGUGGUGAAUGCGCGACGUAUGGACAAGAUGACAGCAUCUCUGCCAGCGCCACCGGGCUUGCCGAUCAUUGGUAACGCGACACUGUUCAUCGGAGACACUGAACAAAUGCUUAAGAACCUCGAAGAUUUGGCUGAUAGAGCAUAUCAACACAAAGGUUGUAUUAAAGUUUGGUUGGGCCCAAAAUUAUAUGUUGCUAUCGGGAACCCAGAAGAUGCACAAGUUGUCCUUGAAAAUUGCCUGGAUAAGGAUGUGGUAUAUAGAUUCUUACGACCCUGGCUGGGUCAUGGCCUAUUCAUAGCCCCAGUUGGGCUAUGGAAGGUGCAUAGAAAAGUUCUUUUGCCAGUUUUCCAUAACAAAAUUGUGGAGGAAUACUUAGGAGUCAUUGGGGAGCAGUCAACUGUGUUGGUCGAAAGACUCUCCGAAAAGGCAGAUAAAGAAGAAUUUGAUGUACUCAAGUACAUUACUGCUUGUACUCUGGACAUAGUAUUUGAGACAGCGAUGGGUGAGCGCAUGGACGUCCAGCACACUCCAGACACGCCGUACCUGCGCGCACGCCACACCGUCAUGACUAUAUUGAACAUGCGACUGUUCAAGGUGUGGCUUCAACCCGACUGCCUGUUCAACCUCACUCCGUACGCAAAACAGCAAAAAGACAACAUAGACCUCACUCACAGGUUUACUGAUGAGGUGGUUAAAAAGAAACGUCUAGAAUAUGAAAGAAAGAAAAACGGAGCAGACAAAUUUAUUGAACCAACUGAUAAGCUUCACGCGGUACUCGAUUUGCUAUUUGGGCGUGAGAUUGAAUUCACGGACGAGCAGCUCCGCGAACAUAUAGACUCCAUUACAAUUGCUGGCAACGACACCACUGCGCUAGUCAUCGCGUACACACUUGUACUGUUAGGAGUGUACCAGGAUGCUCAGGAGAAUGUUUAUCGAGAACAAGAAUCAAUUUUCGGUAAUUCAAUGCGAGAAGCUACCAGAGAAGACUUACAGAAGAUGAACUACUUGGAGAGAGUGAUAAAAGAGAGCAUGAGACUUUACACGGUGGUACCCAUCAUCGCACGUAAUAUAGACAAGGAUACAUAUUUACCUGGAUGCGGAGUGACAAUACCAGCAGGCGCUGGUGCAGUAGUCGGAGCCUUCGCCAUCCACAGAUCUGAAGCUGUAUGGGGAUCUAAUGCGAAAGAGUUCGAUCCUGACAGGUUCCUACCAGAGCGGUCCGUCAACCGGCAUCCGGCUGCUUUCAUGCCCUUUAGCUAUGGCUCCAGAAACUGUAUUGGUCGCAACUUUGGCAUGCUAAUAAUGAAAAGCAUCAUCUCAUCAGUGGUGAGAAGUUACAAGAUACACGCCCAUCAGAUAGACAGACUGAAGAUAGAAAUGCUAUUAUUCCCAAUAAAUGGCCAUUUAAUAAAAGUUCAGAAAAGAUGA